AUUUUCUGCUCUCCAUGCUCUGCGAUAUAGUUUAGCAGGUCGGUAAAAUGACGUGCUAAGGGUCGUGGGAUUUGUAGCUGAGCGCCACGGUAAACUCAAGUCACAGGCAGAUACCCUGGACAGCGCACCUUCGGUCUCCGCUAUAUCUGUUUGCCAUACAAGUAGGCUACCAGCGUUUGGGCUACAAAAGAAAAGAACUAACGCCGCGUACAUCACCGGGGCAAUUUCCCUCAAUUUAAUAUGGACCAACUAGAGGCCUUUGACAAAAAGUUGAAUUCUUUUGUGGACUACUUAUUUGGUGAAAGAGACUCCAGAGUGAGGGGAUGGCUCUUGUUGGAUUCAUGUCUACCCACACUAUCCUUGACCGUAGUCUACCUCCUUAUAGUAUACCUUGGACCAAUAUACAUGAAGAACAGGCCAGCAUAUUCAUUGAAAAAACUAUUACUUGUAUACAACUUUGCUGUGACUAUGCUAUCUCUCUACAUGCUCAUUGAGCUGAUAGCUGCCGCCUGGGUAGGGGGUUACCGGCUGCAGUGUCAGAAUCUCGACAGCGCGGGAGACGCCGACAUCAGGAUUGCCAAAGUACUGUGGUGGUACUACUUCUCCAAGCUCAUUGAGUUCCUGGACACGAUAUUCUUCGUUCUGAGGAAGAAGAACAAUCAGAUUUCGUUCUUGCACGUUUACCACCACGCCUCCAUGUUCAACAUCUGGUGGUGCGUGCUCAACUGGAUACCGUGUGGGCAGAGUUUCUUUGGACCAACCCUGAACAGUUUCAUCCAUGUGUUAAUGUACUCCUACUAUGGACUGUCCACCAUUCCAUCCAUGCACAGAUACCUAUGGUGGAAGAGAUAUCUUACACAGGCCCAGCUGAUCCAGUUUGUGCUGACCAUCACACACACCCUCAGUGCAGCGGUCAAACCCUGUGGGUUUCCUAUUGGUUGUCUUCUGUUCCAGUCCUCCUACAUGACCACGCUGGUCAUCCUCUUUGUUAAUUUUUACGUACAGACGUACAGGAAACGACAAAAAGGGGAAGAAGAAAAAGUGCCCAUUGGUCUAAAUGAUGUCAAAAAGGGUCAUUCCAAUGGCUAUUCCAGUUCAAUUAAUGGAUCCAAACAAAAAAGUCAGUAGUUUUGGGUAGUGACGGGAAAGAUUAACCAUCUAGAAGGGUAUCCAAAUCUAAAGAUGCUCUGAAAUAAUGCUACAGCUGAAACAGGGAUAAUUUACUGUAUGUUGCAUUUUGUAUAGAACACUUUGUUCUUAAUUUUUUAUCAAGUGUUUUUAUUUUGUUUCCUUAAAGCUUUAUAAUGAAAUGGUGCCCAGUACUGUAUGUAUCAAGACGCGGCAUUCAUUGGCUUUUCGGUGAAAGUGUCUGAAAACGUGGGUCUCAAGUUGUGCAAUUUCCUUUCAUUACUGAUAUCACUGUGCAGAGAAGGACGUUUACCAUCAAGGACACAUACAGAAAGUGAAUAUUUUUAUUCAUAAACAGUAUUGAAUGGUAUGCAAUGUACCGUUUUCACAAUGGAUUUUAUUUUCUAAUAUUUUCUUGAUGUAUGCCACCUUCAAUUAUUGAAUUACACAAAACAUUAUUCUAAAUUAAACAAAUGAUGCCUUAGAAACACAGAACCAUCUACCUGAUGAAUCACAAUCAUUUCAAUGUGUCUGAAUGUCUUAGUUCGCUGGGGCAACCAUGCAAGCUGUAGUACAUUUAACAAAAGUAUUUUAGAAAAUUAUAUUUUAAAAAUGUUCUUACAAUUUUCUUAGACUUUAUAAGUGGUCAAUUAAAGCAAAUGUUAUUGAUCAAUGUGUGUUUGAAGAUGGAUAACAAUGUCAGGAAAAAUAAAGUCAUUAAAGACAAGA